AUGCACUUCCGUCACCUCUUUAAAGGGUGCACCAUCAGCACCUGUCGCAGGUGUUUACUCAUCACAGUGGCCCUGGAGCGCAGGGUCGAGGAGAGCGGGAGGAGGUACUCUGUGGAAGGAGAGGUGCUGCUGCCUGGGGUGCUGGGAAGUAGGGUGCUCGGCCUGAUGGAGGACAAGACCCCCCUCUGGAGCUCUGCGCUCCGGCUGAAAUACGGUGUUGGAGAGGAGGCGCGUCAUCUGCGUCAGGAGUGCUACAUGUCUCAGAGCUUGAGGAGGGAGGCAACCACUGACAUCAGCUCCACCAUGAGAGCAGAGCAUGAGUUCCACUGCUCCAACACGGCUUCGGUCAACCACAAGAUUGUAGUGAGAAACGAGGAAAGCCACAGCCACCACCGCUCCAGCCUGGAUGCCAGCUAUGGUAAGCACUGGGACGAGGUGAACAACAAGCGCAAGCUACACCUGAGCCAGUCCUUCAAGAACCAGACCAGCCAGAACCACACCAGCUACACCAUGGAGCUCAGCCUCCUCCUGCCAGAGAAGCACCUGAACUACAGGACCCAUCUGCUGCACUCCCACCUGAGGGAGCGGGGCUCUGAGAGCACCACUCACCUCAAGGUGCACUAUAACGACCUCCUGCCCCUGGUGGCCAGCCUGCAGUGGAGGAGCCCCCCCGGAGACGCCGCUCACAGGAAGUGGGAAGGCUCCUUCAACAUGGACACUCCCUGGCUGUACGUCUUCAUGGCCCACAAGCUGAGCCUGCCCCAGAGCCACACCCUGCAGCUCAGCGCUGAGCUCAGCGCCCGCAAGUGGCUGAGAGUCAACGGCCUGGCGCUGGAGGCGCUCUACAAGGACUGCGGGCGGGAGAGGGAGGCGCGGCUUCACCUGUACACGCCAACGCUCGCCUAUGUCAAAGUGGUUGCCUGGGGAGUAGUGGGGAAGCAGGGGGUGAAGAGCUCCUGGACCCUCAGCUCCAUGUGGACCCUCCCCCUGCAAGGACAGCUGUCCCUGGAGGGCAGCAGGGACCGCCAUGGCCUGCAGCUCGUGUCCAGCUACGGCAGACAGAACCUCAGCCUCUCGGCGGCCCUCAACACCCUGGACAAGAACUUGAAAAAGAGCCAAGUGGUGGUGAAGAUGGUAUUCUGGGAGCCCAAGAGCUUUCCCACAGAGCUGGAGUUUGAAGGAUCGGUGGAGGAACUGAAGAAGGACCCGAGAAUGUACCAGAAAACUGCUGUUUUGCUGCUCAGGCAGCCGUUCAAGAACUUUCCCCAGAGUUUACUCCUUCGCCAUACGUUCACUGUUGACCACUUCAAGGACCUCUACAUCUUAGAGUCCAGAGCGGGUUUUCAUAGCAGUGGCGAGGUCAUUCACACACUCACACUGGGAUACAAACCACCAAGACCUUUUGUUCGCUCGGCUCUGGUGCACCCAUUCAGCUCUUACAUGCUUCCAACUGACUCUGAGCUAUGCUUAACCAUGUUCAACAACCAGACCCAGAGGGAGGUUCAGGGGAGGCUCCGGGUAGGAAGCAAGGAGAAGAUUAACUUCAAUGGGCAGCUUCUCCAGAAGCCUGGACAGAGAGGCAUGAGGGUCCGAGCCAACCUCACCCACAUCCUCCAGCUGCAGCUGCCCUCCUCUGUCCUGCUGGAGGGCGAGGUGCACUGGACCCCCCCGGACAGCAAUGCUCUAGACUACCUGGCCAGGGGGAGGCUGAGGGUAGAGCGACAGGAGAGCCAGUUUUCCUUGCACCUGAAUGGAACCACCAAAGUAAUUGGGCUGUAUUCCUCUCUCAGUCAUCCCUUUAAAUCCAAGAUCCCCAAAACUGUAGAGGUGACUGCCACGCUGUACACAUGGCGGUCGGGGCGUGGCUUUAGCGGCAUACACGUGGUGGCUGAUGGCAAGGACAGGGCUCGCCUUGGGGCCAAGCUGUCCCACUCCCUGAGCGGGGGGGACAGAGCUGUGGGGCUGAAGCUCAACCUCUCCCAGAGCUUGUUCCCCAGAGCAGACCUGGCCCUCAAGCUGACCGCUAACCUGUCAGAGCACUGGGUUUCAGUGCUCGGCUCCUACACCCAGGGGGAAAGGGCCCUGUUGCUCAAGGCCAGGGGCCUCCUGACCCACACCCAGGGACUCCAGCUCUCUGUGACGGGGGAUCUCAGGCACUCUCUGGUGGGCCUCAGUGCUCUGCCAACAGCCCUUGGGCUGGAGGGAGCCCUGGGGAAGACGGAGGGACUCACAGAAGGACAGCUGAGACUCCACGUGAUGGAGGCCCUGUACCUGGUGGAGUUUAAGCACAUUGAAGAACAUGGACACACCAGGGCUGGAUAUGGGGAUGAGGAGAAGGAGCAUGAGGAAGAUGAGGAUGACACAGCAGGGGACGGCCCCGGGUGCAGGGCGAGCUACAGGCUGUAUGCUCAGUAUGGGGACCAAUUUGUGUGUUUGAACGCCAGCCGGCAGCUCAACAGCUGGGGGAAUGGAGUGCUCCACGCCAACCUCUCUCACUCCUCUGACCUGCUCAGUGCUAGAGGCUUUCCUGCUAACAACAGUGCCAAGGUGAGCUGGACAAACCAGAGAGGACUUCAAGCAUCCCUGUUAGCAGAGCUGCUGGCCGGGCCUGAGGGCCUGAGGGCAGAGCUGAGCUGGGCCAGGAUGGGCCGCCAAGCCGUCCCCCGCUGGGAGCUCCACUCCAGGCUGCAGCACCAGAGCGGGCCCCUUGCCAUCCGGGGCCUGCCCAGCUCCAUGCAGGCUGACGCACACUACCAGAGAGAGGAGGGCAGAGUCCUCGGAGACCUGGUUCUUCACAUAGAGGAGCAAAAAAAGCUGGAUGCUCGUUUUAUUGCGACAAGGAAGAACAACACAGCAAAUGUAUCUGUGUCUCUAUGGCAACAGAUACAGCAACCCAGGGAAGUUUUACCCACAUCUCUGCAGAUGAACUGCACAAGCGACUCCUCCACAGACCGCUUCUUAGGUCAAUGCUAUGGAAGCUUGGUGACCUACUCAGUUGAGACUCCUACUCCACGGGAAUUCUUCAUAAAUGGCUUGGUUCUCCAAAAAGGCUGUGCCACCUCUCUGAACACCCAAAUCCAGGCUAUGGGCGAAGAGAAGGCCAGACUGAGUCUAUCUCUAGAAUGCCAUCCUCACUUGAGCCUCCGGGGGUCCGUUCAGCACUCCAUGGAGGCAGCACCGAUGCAGGUUGUGCCCACCCACGGGGCUCUGGUCCUGGCCUUUUCAGCUGUAUUCCCCCCUGGUGGGUUGGAGCUGGGGCUGGAUCUGGGGCAGUGCCAUUUCAGGUCUCUCCUUGGGCAGAGCAGGUCUCAUGAGAUGCAGAAGAGCCAGUCAGCGUAUUCUUUCAAUGUCAGCCAAUACUGCCCAGCUCUACAGAGAACCCUUCUGCCCGUGUCGUCUGAUGUUCACGGCUACCUGUCCAUGGGACCCUGUCAGCUGACCCUGGCCGGCGCCCUCCGCCUGGAAGACCUCGAGGCCUCCAUUGAUCUGGAAGGGCAAACCUGCAGGCCCGUCCACCUUUCUGGGGCCCUAACACACUCCUUCCCCAAGCUGAGGAGCAGAGGCCUGCCCCUGAGGACCACGGUGGAGGCCUCUGGUCCUGGGGCUCCUGGGGAGACGGCUGAUCUGCUGAUCCGAAGCGGGUCCUGCCACUUGGGGGUUAAAGCCCUCCCUGGGGCGAAAGGGAGGGUGAGGUGGCUGUGGGCUAUGGAGUCUAAAUGUCCCUUCUUGCAGGCCCGUCUGAACGGCUCAGUGACAGAGGACAGUCAGGGCGUGUGGACAGCCAUGGUGGACACUGGCCUGGGCAAUGAACAGGGUUUUCUUCGUCUUAGUGCAUGGGCCGCACCAGAGCUGAGGGUGGAAGGCCAGCUGAGACAAAACAUGUCUGUGCUUCUCCUCCAUGAGAUCCCAGGACAUGCCAGGCUGUCCGUGUCGGCCGGGGCUGGACAGCGGGGGUAUGCUGGCCAAGCCCUGCUGCACAUAGGCCAGUGUACACUGGGGGUGACGGGCGGCAUCCUGCCCAGCCCUGGCCUGCAGGGUUCAGUGGUGUAUUACAACAACUGCACAGUUGUACAGAAGUGGGGGAGUCCAGACAGGGUGCAGUUCUCGGGGUCUGUGGUCACCUCUCGUGGUGCUCUUGAGACAGGGGUUUCCAUGGUGCUAGACAAGAAAACACUACAGGCUUCAUUAGUCCUGAUUAAAACCAAGUAUCAGUGCAAAGUAUCAGUCCUUCUCAACAACAACGUGCCCCUGCUAAAGAUGUUGGGCCUGCCCUCGUCUGCUGCCAUGGCGAUUAACUCUGGGAACCAUGGCGAUGGCUCAUACUAUUACCUUCAGAAUUGCUCUGCAGGAAAUCAACAGUUUACCAAGAAGAUGACAGUGACAAUGUCCUCUGCAGAUGCAGGAAUAAACAGUAGUUUUAUUCAUACAGUGAACUUCCUGCGGGCUCUCGGAGUCCCUGAAAACAACAGCAUUCAGAUGGAGCUGAGCUCUGGCAAGGAGAAGACUUUAAACCUGCAGUCACAGCUCGGGAGGCAGCAAGCAGUCUUCAGAUUGAAGAUCAAGGGGCUCUCCCAGACGACAGAGCUAACAGGAACCAUGUGGUCCAGCGGGCCGCCCAACAUUAUAGAGGGCCUCUGUUCUGUCAAGAGAGGGGUUUCUGGCUUUCAAUCCCAGGCCCGGUUGGCUGUGGACGGGCACAAGGUGCUGGCUACUGGCUUCAACGUCAGCGUGGUGGACGGGAAUCUGGCCAUGUUGCUCUCCUUCAACCAACCCAAUGGGCCUGCACUCUUUGAGACCGCCCUGACUGCCCACUUCAAAGGGCCCCUGAGGAGCCUAUCAGCGGACGUGCGUGUUAAGGGAGCCAGGGUGUCUCUGCUUGGGGACAUAGGGGAGCUGGGCCCCCGAGGAGGCUCCAUCGAGGCCCGGCUUACCCUGAAGCACAGCCUGGACGGAAAAAACACUCCAGUCUUCCAGGUUGAGGCUUGGGGCCGGCUGACUGAAUCACAGCUGAAGUGCUCCAUGGCUGUAAACCCAGCGUUGGGUUCAUCAUUGGCUCUCAUUAUACAAGGACAUCGCCUGCUACACAGUAAGGAGUUGAUGGUGAAGGUGGUCCAAAACAUCCCCCAGCUGAUGUUCUACCUGCCUGGUCAACUCAACACCAGGACGCAGGUAAACCAUUCAAGCUCCAGAGUAGCAAGCGUGGUGGAGCUGUCCUCGGGAAGGAGGAGGCUGUUGGCGCGGUGUGAGCUGGUGGUCCUCCAGGGGGGAUAUAUGCAGGCAAUGGAGCUCAACCACACCUUCCCACAGCUGAAGCCGUUACCGCGGGCCAUGGCAGUGCGGACCCUAUUCGAGGCCAAAAACUGGAGCCACCAGAUCCAACAUGGAACAGUGUGGGGAAAUAGGGAGAUCCGCUUGACUGGCGUCUACUCCGUGCCACCCUCACUGGAGAUAGGGAACCAUGUACUGAAGGUUCACAUGGCUUCCAUCCCCCGGUUGAGUGGCUUAGAAGUGAGUCUGGAGCGCUCCCUGCAUGGACUACAGGACUCCGUACAGCUUGACUGGAACCGACAUGGACGCCUGGAGCAGGUGCAUGCUGCCAGACAGUGGAGGGUCUCAGGGGAGAGGAGUGAGACCUGGAUGGAUGUGAGGCAGCCCUUCACAGUCUCUCUCUCCCAGGUCUCCCUCCAAGCUGUGUCUCAUGUGCCCCAGAGGGGCCAGUGGAGCCGCCAUGAGGGCCAUCUGUCGUGGACCAGCCCAGAGCUGGUCAAUGUCUCGCUGACAUUGAACCAACAGUGGAACCACAGCUCCAUCCGAGGGCGGGCGUGCGGCCUGUUCUCCACGCAGAUGCAGUCUCCAAUGAAAGGUUGUAUUUCCAUGGCCCAGGAUGGAGCUCUGUGCUCCCAGAGUGCAGAGCUGAGGUGGGGAAACAGCAGUGUCCAGCAGGGCAUGAAGUACCAGCGUGGGCCGAGGGGGAUGCGCACACUGCAGAUGAGCGUCGGGGCGGAGAACGUGUCUCCUCCCCCCUGUUCGUCCCAUUCUCUGGUCUCCAAGGUCAAGACCAACCUGAGGGACGGCCUUGAACACACAGUAGUGCUGGCUCUGUGCCCCGCUCCGCCUACCCUGUCCUGGUCAGGGUCCCACAAGGUGAACACUGGGCAGGAGCUGCUGUACUCUCACAGCCGUCUCUCGUUCUGGGGGCGCCCCCCCCACUGCAGCCUCACCAUGGCCCUGCGAGACGCUUCUUCCCCCCAGCUCACCAACGUGUCCCUCUCUGCGGAGUCUAGGGUGGGGAACUGGAGCGUUGAGGUGGGGGCUGGGGCCCUGUCCUCUCCCCAGGGACCAACGCUCCAUGCUAGGGUCACACUGGACCGCAACCAGACCCUCUGGCUCAGAGGAUCGAUGGAGAACAGAUGUCUCCGCACAACAGCUGGUUAUAUAUCCGAUCACGGGCCAGAUGAAGACCUGAGUCUAGCGGUGUGUCUAGAAACAAGAAACAAAGUGACACUGGACCUGAAGAGAAAGGUUGGACCCUCUAGUCCAGAAGUCCUUGUCUCUUUUUCCGUGGGAAAUUCCAAUCAAAACCUAAAGCUCAAAGCCCAAGGCUGCACUGAAAAGCUACUUGCAACAGAGGCCAGAGUUAUGUACCUGAGCUCGGAGAUGAGCUCAAAGUUAUUACAGAAAAUAAAGACUAUUCUGAAUCUUCUCAUUGAGUCCAGACAACAGUCUCGAGACAGAGGCUUACUCCAAGAGAUGAAUGCCUUGCUCAUUAACCUCACCUCGCGGGCGGAGUCGUUCCUUUCAUCGAAGGACGGCAGUUUGGGGCCACUGUGGCGGAACGGACAGCUGAGGACCCUUCUCACAGACAGCAUACCCCGUUGCCUGACUCUGCUGCACCACGCCUCCGCCCUUGGACAACAGGAGCUCAAACGGCCAUUGUCCACGGUGGCCGGGGUAUACCAUGACCUGACGGGGCAGAGGGUGGAGGUCCUGUGGCAGAAGGCAGUGUCUGGGUGGGCUGCUAGGCUGGCCCAGGUGCUGCCCCCCUUGCUGGACAACCCCCAGCUCCGGCCGCUGGCCCAGGCCACUCUGGCUACCAUGGGCACAGCCCUGGAUGUGGCAGGGCAGCAGACGUUCCUCUGGGUGGAGUCAAAGUUGACGGCAGCUCUGUCCGGCGUCAGGAGCCGUCUGGCCUCAGUCUACCAGCUGUCCCCCAGUGAUUGCUCCGUUUCCGUGGCGAUACCCCUGCCACGGGUUUCCUGGGCACGUAUGGCGGAGUCUGGCCUGGUGGAGAUCCUUCUGGAGGAGUGGCUCCUCAGGCCCCUGAAGGCCUUCACGUCCAUCAGGCCCAACUUAGAGUUCUACCGCCUGAAACACAGGGUCAUGGACAGCCCCUUUCGAUACCAAGCUCUGCUGGUUGCGAACCAGUAUGUGGUGUCGUUCGACGGUCUCCUGUUCCAGCUCCCAGCCUGGUCAUGUCCGGUGGUGUUGGCUCAGGACCGGUCCCAGAACCCCACCUUUACUCUGCUGCUGAGUCCCCGCCGCCAGUCGCAUCAUGGUCUGUUGCUGGACAUGAACCACAGCACCCUCAACAUCUAUCCAGAUGGACAGGUGAUGACCAGCUGCCCCCCCGCUGCCACCCCAUACAGGGAGCCCCUAGUGGCCAUCCAGAGAACCGCACACACAGUGGAGGUUUCCAAUCAGAAUGGAGUGUCGGUCUCAUGUGAUCUGUUGCUUGACGUGUGCAGCCUCACUCUUGAUGGAUGGUUGCAUGGUACAACUGUUGGCCUCCUGGGAACCAAUGAUAACGAAGCAGGGAAUGAAAUGACGUUACCCAACGGGUCUCGAGCGGCAAGCAGAGCACACUUCCUCCGCAGUUGGCAGGUCUCCUCUAACUGCAGCCGUGCUGAAGGCCCUCUGGAGGAAUGCUCUGGGGCCGCCAUGCAGGGCCCGGCCAGCUGCCAUGCCCUCUUCUCCUCGGCCCACUCCCCACUCAGCUCCUGCUUCAGGGUGGUGGACCCGGGCCAGUUCCUCUCUGUGUGUAGAAGGAGCCCCUGCAACUCCGCCCGGAAGCUGGUGAUGACCUCCCCCUGUAGAUUGGCAGCUGCGUUCGUCCACCUCUGCCAGCAGAACCACGUCCCCAUGGACCUCCCACUGCACUGUUUGCAUCCGUGAAGGGGAGGGGUCUUGGUCUGGAGAUCACCUCUACAACUGCUGACCCCAUGGCCUCUCUUAGAAAUAAAGAAAUAAAGACAAUCAAUCAAACUGUCUACCAUUCAUUCCUGAUAACCAUAGCUAUGCAAAUUUGGGAAUUCGGGAUUCGAUUUUCCUGUGUUUGUGUAACUGAUGAGGAACAGAUUGUGUAUUUUUGACAUUGGUUGUAUACAGUUGAGUGUUUUAACUAAGGUGUCAAUGCAUAGAAUGUGAACAACAAUUUAAAGCAAAAAGUUUCUGUAACACAGAUCGUUGAUUUU